CCUCAAGCACAUAAACCACACACAAACCAGUCAGACAGACACCAUCAUUUGUUUCUCUCACACUCCGAGACCAGACUGUUUCAACGGUAGACUCCUCUGUCAGCUCUGAGCACCUCCGGAGACGCAAAAAACACAGCCAUGGGGAAAGGAUGCGUUGCGGUCACCAAAUACUUUCUAUUUCUCUUCAACCUCCUCUUCUUUGUGUUUGGAGCCCUUAUCCUGGGCUUUGGACUGUGGGUUCUGCUUGAUAACAAAAGCUUCAUUGCUGUUCUACAGGAAUCAUCAGAUACUGUGAAAGUGGCCUCAUACAUCCUCAUCGGAGUGGGUUCCCUGACGAUGGCCAUGGGCUUCUUCGGCUGCAUUGGAUCCAUCUACGAAGUCCGUUGUCUUCUGGGUCUGUACUUCACCUGCCUCCUCCUCAUCCUCGUUGCCCAAAUCACUGCUGGAGUUCUCAUUUACUUCCAGAGAGAUCGGUUGGCAUAUGAGAUGGACAGCAUUAUUAAGACUGUGAUCAUCACCUACCCCAAUAACAGGACCACAGAGCACCCCUUGGACUACAUUCAGAGGACGAUGAAAUGCUGUGGCUUUACUGGUCCGGGCAACUGGUCCGAGAACCCUGUGAUCAAGAACAGCACCCAGGGGCUAUAUGCGUGCUCCUGUCGUAAUGAUUCCUUGCCUGGAGUGGAAAGGGCGCUAGCAGGCCUGUGUCCGUCCUUGCCCUCAAAUCCACCUGUUUAUGAAACGGGCUGUAAAACCACCAUAGAAACAUGGCUAAAGGAUAACUUGGGAGUUAUUCUGGGGAUCUGUGCUGCCGUGGCAGUCGUGGAGCUCCUCGGGAUGAUCCUCUCCAUGUGUCUCUGCAAGAACGUUGUCCGGGAAGAUUACAGCAAAGUGCCGAAGUACUGAGCUGAUGCUGGAGCCAGCUUCACAUCACACACACAGAUGGACGGACUCUCCCUCUCUCUCUUCUCACAGCCCAGUCUUACACACACACACACACAGACAAAUGACAGCUGUCUCCACCAUUUGAGCUUCUCAUGUCUUCACAGCUGUACAGAUUUCUCACGCCCACAUGUACACAAACACACACACACACACACACACACACACACACACACACACACACUUCUCAAGUGUGAUAUAUUUGUGGACCAUAAGUUGACAAGUUACUUAAUUUUCUCAUUUUAUUUGUUUUUAUUUUUGAUGGAAGCUUCUGGCGUUUGAUACUAUGCAAGUGUUCAUUUAUAUGUCGUCGUCUUUUUUUUUUUUUUUUUGUGUCCCCUUGGCUGACCUCAGUGAUGCGCUCAACCCUGUAAAGUCAUAAGAAAACUGCCAGAAAAUUCUUUAUUUAUUGUGUCUUAAUUGAACCUUCAGACAAAUUUUUAAAAAAGAAAAGGAAGUAUUAAUUUGCGUAUAAGCAUUUAAAUUGGUAUCAUAUUUGCUACAGCCAUUUUUUAUGUUUAAAAAUGUUCUGUUGCUUUAAAAAAAAGUGCAAUUUAUUUCAGUUUUUUGGUGGAAAAAUCACACUGAUGAUGUAGAAGUCUCAAAAACUCAUGUAUCAAAUGUACACCUGGCGCUACAGGGUUAACUGGUGAGAGAAAGAGCACUUUAGUGAUAUUGAGUUAGCUGAGAGCCAGUUAUUCUGACUUCAAGGCACGGAGAUGAGAGGAAAAUGGGAGGGCGCAUGCUACCCUCUCAAGGUAUUUUUGGUGCAGUGGGUGGAGGAUGGAUGCAGGGCAUGGCUGCUGCGGUGGAGGUUUUGGCUUCUGUUGUCAACUCCUCGUACCCAGUAGCCCUCUGUUGACACCCACCACCGGCUCCACCUCAUGCCUUCCGCUACCCAUCAUCUCUAAAUCAUGUCUGUCUUCCUUUCGGGUACGCAUGAUUCGUAACGAGCGGCUCUCCGAAAUGAACUUUUCUGUUUGAAGUACGUAUGCGUAUGACAUGUUGAGUGAAUAUUUUAUUUCUUUAUGUUCUUUUUUAGUAUUUUCAUGUUAUCUGUUCUUUUUUGUUGUUUUUAAACAGCUGUAUAUAUGACUUUAGAUAGUGAUUGUGGCAUGUUAAGUGCUCGGUCAGCGUUUUAUAUGGGAAAGCUUUCACCCACAUGUUCCUGUUUUAAGACGUCCUAUUGUUCUUCGGUUCCUUCUGUUCUUGAUGAAGAGCAGAGCACGGCUGCCCGUCAGCACUAUUUUGGUCUGAAUCGGAGAAAUUGGAUCCCUUGGUAAAUUGUCAUCAGUCUUAAAGCUAUAUUUUCAUUUCCUUAACAUGGCAUGGUUGUUUUUGAACUUACACACAGCUCUUGGCUUUUAUUUUGAAAAGUCAUUUUUUCGUGUGUCUUCUAGCAGCUGUGUGACCACAGUGGGUUUCUGUCAUAGCAUGACUGUUUUCCAAGAAGUUAGUUUAUAGUAUCAGUCUGUGAGAAAAAGGAAAGUUGUAAGUUAUUACAUAUUCAGAAACUGACUCUUCUCCCACUUAUACUUUCUUCUCUAAAAAUACUUUUUACAAAACCUUUUCUCUUCCUCAUUUAUGUUUUUUGUUUUUAGCUGUCUUCUCCAUAAAAUCCUGUCGUUUCACUUCAAUACACUAUUAUAGCUCAAUUUAUGGUUAAUUUAGUGGGUAGAUCGCACUUUCAUGAGCCUUCGAAAGCGUGUUCAACACGCUGUAAUUACAGAGGAUUAAAAGCUGUUACAGUCAGCUUCUACUGCAUGAGCUGCCAAAUUGAAAACAUUAAUUUAAGUUGAAGAAAAAUGAAGGUUUCCUUAAUGUUUAGAAUUCUUUGUACACCUUUACCUUUGUGGAACUUUUAAGCCAUGUUAGUAAUUAAUUGUUUCUUUUUAUUACUGAGAAUUAUUAAUAAACAUGAACCC